ACACAGAGCACUCUGUGGAAAAAACCCUCUAAACUCUCAGGCAAAACUCCGGCGGAAUCGAUGGCGGAGGAGAAUCAAGAAGAAACCCUAGAACUCAAACCAAGUAGAAAACCACCACACUUUGUGCUUAUACAUGGCAUGAGCUUAGGAUCAUGGUGUUGGUACAAGAUCAAGUGUCUCAUGGAAGUCUCUGGCUUCACCGUCACUUGCAUCGACCUCAAAUCCUCCGGCAUCGAUUCUUCAUCUGCAGAUUCUCUCACUACCUUCGACCAAUACAACCAACCACUCAUCGACUUACUCUCCUCUUUCCCCGAACAAGAACAGGUGAUACUUGUAGGUCACAGUGCAGGAGGGCUUAGCGUAACGAGCGCGAUACAGAGAUUCCCUAAGAAGAUAUGUCUUGCUGUUUUUAUCGGAGCUUCGAUGCUCAAAUACGGGCUUCAGACCGAUGAAGACAUGAAAGAUGGAGUGCCUGAUCUAUCAGAACAUGGUGAUGUCUACGAGCUCGGUUUUGGUAUAGGACCGGAGAAUCCUCCAACCAGUGCUAUUAUCAAACCUGAAUUCCGUCGAAAACUCCUAUACCACAUGAGUCCUCAACAGGAAUGUUCAUUGGCUGCACUAAUGAUGAGACCAGCACCAAUCUUGGCGUUAACGACCGCAAAACUGGACGAAGAAAAAGAAAAAGGACAAGAGGAGCAAGUGCCGCGCGUGUACAUCAAGACGUUACUCGACCGGGUCAUGAAACCGGAGCAGCAAGACGCAAUGAUAAGACGGUGGCCACCGAGCCAAGUUUACGAAUUGGAGAGCGACCAUUCUCCUUUCUUCUCUAACCCUUUUGUUCUCUUCGGUUUACUCAUCAAAGCUGCCGUUUCCGUCGAUUCUAUCUGAAACUAAUCAAGAGCACAAAAGGACUGUCGUUUGUUGGUUUAACAACCGGUUAAGUGAUCAGUUUUGUGGAGAGCAUUUACUUUUGAUUUAUAUGACAUUUUAGUAUUUUACUAAUGGUUUUUGGAAUAAAAUAUGUUUUGUUUA